UGUUUUUACAGACGCGCAAAUGCAGUGCUACAAGCAGAGACCGAUAUGUUUGAGCGAUAUCUUAAUCGCAUAGAGCCGCAAUUUUCUGCACUUGACGCAGCAGUGGAUACGAACCGUGGGAGGAAGACCAACAGAUCACGAACAAUGACCCAGGACAAGAUUCAGCGGCUGACCCUCGAGCAAAAAUGUGAUGUUGCACAGAGGGAGAUGGAUGAGAUGAGAGAGGAUCUUCAGAAACUGAAAAACACUUCGGAGAGAGUGAUGCUGAACCUUAAGGCUACCUUGGAGGAAGCUGAUGUGCAACUGGUGGAGGUGAAGAAGUCGAGCAAUGAGUUUGACCGUGAUGUGGCCAAGGUCCUGCGCGAGAAGAAAGGGGCCAUGAUGGGUGCAGAAAAGAUCCUUUGUUAUUUUGAAGACAGGAUGCGAGCAAAGGACACGCUGGUGGAGAAGCUGCGUCUGAAGAACUCGGCGCUGCACGUGCAGAAGCGCAAGCUGAUCCUGCAGAUGCGUCAGAAGGAGGAGAUGGGCGAGGCGCUGCACGAGGUGGACUUCCAGCAGCUGAAGAUCGAGAACAGCCAGUACCUGGAGCGCAUCGAUGAGCGCAACCAGGACCUGCUGAGGCUCAAGCUGAUGGCAGGGAACACCCUGCAGGUCCUCAACUUGUACAAGCUUUGGCAUUUAAGAGUCAGGCUCCGCUAGCAUCUUGCUAACAAAAUUGCUUUACGGCCGUCGUGAUCACAGCAAUGCAGCCGGCCGACCAAUCCAAACGCAGUGUGUGAAGCCACUCAUGACGUCGUAUUGACAAUAAAGACGUAUUUUACAAAGAUCCAGCGAGUUUAAACAUUCAAACUAAGUGCUGUUUGAAAGGAUAAUUUAUCCUGCCUUUGGGAAAAAUAAAAUGAAACGAUGAUACCAAUUCUCUCCCAAAGCAAUGGCAGCAUCUGUGGUUGAGCUCCAUGGGACCCCA